AUGCGGGCUUAUCAUUUAAAUUUGUUCAAACCGUUUUCUGCGCUGAGCACAUCCACUGUUUCUUUUGAUAUGAGCGUGGCGUUGAAACGACCAGCUCCUCCCGAAGAGGCUUGUCCUACUUCCACGAAAAUUCCCCAGCUAGAAUUUGAUCCAUCAACUCGGUGUAAAAAGAAAAUGCACGCAUUGCUCUUAAUGUAUUGCGGUUGGGACUACUACGGGAUGCAGCGAUCUCCCACUCAUCCUACCGUCGAAGGCGAGUUGUCCAAGGCCCUUUUAGCUUGCAGCUAUCUUGACGAUUUAAGCGCGGAAGCCUACAGGAAAGUUUGGUUUCAAAGGGCAUCAAAAACUGAUAAAGCUGUUUCGGCUACUGGCCAAGUGUGCUCAAUGCUCCUUCCAGAUAACGACGAAGUGGCAUCGAAACUUAACUCCGUUUUACCGGAGCAUAUUCGUAUUUUAGAUGUUAUUCGAACCACGCGAUGUUUUGCUGCGCACAGUCUCUGUAGCCACCGUAUCUAUGACUACCUUUUCCCUACGUUCGUCUUGGCUCCAUACGAUCUUCCACUUGUCGAUACGCUCCACCGAUCUUACCGCGUUGCCCCAGAAAGGUUGACGCAUGUCAACGCGGUGUUGAGUCGCUACAAGGGGACUCAUAAUUUCUACAACUUCACCUCUCGUCGCUUACCAACGGACCGCAGUUGCCGCAGGUUUAUCGUAUCGAUUGAAUGCCUACCUCCAUUCCUCAUAUGUGAGUCGGAAUAUGCCGUCAUCCGAAUUGUGGGACAAUCUUUCAUGUUGCACCAGAUUCGAAAGAUGAUCGGCCUCAUGUUCGCAGUGGUUCGCGGGAAUAUGGACGAUAAUGUGUUCGAUAUCGUAUUUGGCACGGAGCGUGUGGAUAUACCGCGGGCUCCUGCUUUGGGGCUCAUGUUGAACCAGGUUGUUUAUUCCCGUUACAAUGAACGUUAUGGCCGAGAUGGGAUUCACAAACCCAUUGAGUGGGCCAAUUAUGAAGAGCAGAUGUCCAACUUCAAAGUGACGCAUAUUUAUGACCACGUACACAAAACUGAAUCGAACGAGGGGAGCAUGCUUAGCUGGCUCUAUUCACUGAACGAACGUACCUUUCUCUUCCGUGAUUCGUCGAACCGGAUUUUAGAUUGCUCUUCAAUACAUCCCAAUGAAGAUUCUUCCGAGUCAGAUGAAAACGACACCGCUCUUUUGGCCUCCUAG